AUGAAUGUAGUUAGUAGGCGUAGGCAGGGCACCAGCCACCAAUACACUGACUGAGUCAAACGCGUGAGGCGUGGCCGCGUUAGUUGAUGACAACUACUCCGAAUUUCGACGCGUAAACAAUCAAAGGAUUUUGUUAAACAGAGAUCCGUACCUCGUACGGAUUUAAAAAAUUGCUAAUAACAUCUGCAACCAUGUUGGAUUAUCCAAGAGCGUCCAAUGCCGUUGUAUUCGGAGGAGUCAUCACCUAUGCUGCAGGUGUACUCCUUGUAAUGUCCUUCACCAGUCCGUACUGGAUCCAAUCUUAUGUAGAAACAUUUAGUAGUUUCAAACAUAUGGGCUUAUGGGAGUAUUGUUUUGAGAAUUUCCGCUACCCAUAUUAUCAAUUUGACAAGUUGUUUAACGGCUGCCAUCAUGUGUUUUCUCAAGAGUACUAUGUUAUUCGUGAAUGGCUACUCCCAGGAUGGUUGAUGGUCGUACAAGCAUUUGUAACAAUGGCGCUUUUGCUUUCCUUCUUUGGUCAAGCAGUUUUAGUAUUGAUUCUAGUAAGAUUUCCACUAAAAUUUGUAUUGGAAAAUGAGUGGCUUCUUUCAAGUAUUGUAUGCGCCUGCGAUGCGCUUGCUGGAGCAUUGUUAUUCCUUGCUGUGUCAAUUUUUGGAGGUCAAUGCUGGAGAAGAGAUUGGAUGAUGUAUCCAAAUUUUAAUCACUUAUCUUGGUCGUAUGGACUAGGUGUUAUAUCAUUUAUGUUCCACGCUGUUGGAGCAUUUUUCCUUUACUUAGAUGCAAAGGCAAAUUACAAAAGACGUCGAGAAUCAAAAAAUCUUGUUAUGCAAAUGCAGCCAAAUCCCCAAAGUCAUCAUGGUUUGCAACGUACAAACUACAUAUAAUUUCUCAAUUAUGUGUAAUUUGUAGAUUGUAUUGAGUAGAAUUAAAUAAGUACAAAUUUAAGUCCGUCCAUUUAACUAUGAUGUUAUAUUUAAAUAAUUAGAUAUUUUAUAAGAUUAAAUUUUAUACUAUAUAACUUGACUCGAAAUGACGAUCUGGUAUACGUUUGUUGUUUGUAAGAACGUCUUACCGGAUAUAUGAAUGAAUCUCAUACUUCAUAGCUAUUAUUCCAUUUAUACAAUUUACAAUGUAAUGUAAAUAAGUGCCUUUACAAUUUUUUACAAUAAAUCACUUGAUGCUUUCUGUAAA